ACCAAAAGCGCACGUGAUAUUUUCUCAGAUCUCCAGUCUGCGCACGUAAUAAGAAUUUCAUUCGCGUGCCGUUAAUUACCGCUGCCCUAAAUAAUGCUUCUCAAUCCCGGCGGGUAACCUUCACCGUCAAUCCUCAACGCGUCAACCCCUUCAAAUCCGGCGAAGCCUGCCGCUCCCUCGCCAAGAACACCGGCCGCCAUUGAAGAUAGCUUGGACGAAGAAGUGAUGGAUAAAGUUCUACAUGCUGCAUCAACAGAGUCAAAAGAUUUGACGUCACAUCUCUUAGCCAAGCUCAAGCACUGGAAAUGGUGGCUACUUGUGGUCCUCAACAUCUUCUUCCUCCUCGUUGGUCAGACCGUCGCCACCCUUCUUGCCCGCUUCUACUACGACCAGGGAGGGAACAGCAAAUGGCUUUCCACACUCGUUCAAACUGCCCUUUUUCCUCUUCUAUACAUAUUUUUCAUCUUCUUCCCCACCACCACCACCUCCUCCUUCUCCUCCCCCUCCCCCAACACCAUCUCCGGCCCAUCAACCCGAAAGCUCGCCCUCAUCUACACCGCUCUCGGCCUCCUCAUCGCUGCCAACAAUCUCAUGUAUUCCUAUGGCCUCCUCUACCUACCUGUCUCCACCUACUCACUCAUUUGUGCUUCACAUCUCGCCGGCAACGGAAAACCACCGUCGGUCGUUCCUUGCUUGUCGCCAUCGGUAGACUUUAUGAAGUAACUACAUAAGUUGCCACUAAGCACGUUGCGGAGAAUGGACGUGCAUUGAGGAGUAAGGAAGCACCAUGCGGGGGUACCAACUUAAACUGAGGAGUAACGAAGCACCGUACCACGAUUACUCUCAACUGUUGC